CACAACUCUGAAAUCCCUUCCACCCUAUAAGAGAGCUCCUCCAGCCAUGGCUCACCUAAGCUACACUCUACUGCUGGGGGUGGUGCUUUUCACUUCUCCUGGCUACACAAAGGAUUUAUCGAUCUCUUGGACGCUUGAAGGGAUCAGCAAGUUCAUGGAGAGUCUGCAAUCCGGUGAAACCCAGGAGCACACGAUAGAAAUCGUGUCGGAGGUGCCACAAGCUCUUUAUAAAGUAAGCGAGCCAGAGUACCGUCAAUGCCUUUACUGGGGAGGAUUAGGGUCGUGGGUGUUGCAGGCCAACAUGCCGCAGGUGGUGCAGCUGCAAGAAGGGCUAAACUUCUUCAUCUCGCAACCGCAAAGUCUUUGCUGGCAGGGGUAUAAGAUGGCUCUCAGAGUUACCAAAGUGAUCCAACCCGAUGGCUCUGGGAGUAACCAGAGUUAUCCAACACCCAGACCCAGCGCUACCUGGACGCUGAAGCCUUGGGCCUCCUACUUCUACUUUUCGUUGAUCUUCUACUGGGCUGUCGUCUUGAUAUGAUGUUAUUACCUUCUCGUGUUUUUAGUUGUCGGACACUACUAUAUGUGUCUGAACCGUUGCUUGUCGUCUAAUAUGAUGUUACCUUGGGCUCGAUUGAU